AUGCCUCCAGCUGCUGGCGACAAAAAGGCCGAGAAGUCGUACCUGAGCUCGGCCGUCGACUCUAUCAACCCGUGGGCGAGCAGCAGGACUACGACCCCGACACCGGAUAACAAGCGCGAUGAACAAGCACAGGCGGCUGCACCCGUGCCGGCGCCAGCAGCGGCACCGGGCGAUCAUUCGAUAACGCCGCUGUACGGCCAGAGCUUCCGCACGUAUCCAAAAGACUGUCCGCCGCUCAAUGUCCAGUGGUUUCACGCUGUCGAUGUGCCGAAGCGGAAGCCACAGCUCGUCAAGGGUCGCAAGGAACCCGUCAAGGAUGCCAAACCCCCCGCGCGACCGAAAAAGUACACUGCCUUCUUGCCGUCCGACUCCCGGCGGCUCGAGGGGCGCUACCAGAAGCUGUUGGAGGCAACGGAGGAAGGCCAUGACAAGGCCGCCGAGGCUCAACCGUACACGGCCCAAGCCGGAGGGUCCAAGGCCGACAGGGCCGGCCGAAGCCAGGAAGCUGGACUCACCUCCAAGGCUGGCAUCCGCGUGGCGGUGAACGAGGACUUUCUUUUCGAUGUCGACAUUGAGGAGCGGGAGCUUGCUCCGGUGUACUGGCUUGGACCCGUAUACGAGGUGCGGCGUGGCACCUGGUUCUUCCAAGAGGGAUCCAACCUGCGGCCCUGCGAGGAGAACCUGGCAGCUCAACUCGAGGAGGGGUACCUCAAAAUGAAGCCGUGGCUCAGUCCAGCACGAUCAAGAAGCCAGUCAGCAGCAAAGGAACCGCAGAAGGACGCUACCAAGGACGGCAAAGCGUCAUCCGCCGCGGAGCACCCCAAGGAUCCCGGGUCUACGUUGGCAACGGCGUCGAAACCUCCGAACCAACCGGGGACCAGCACUCCCACCAACCAACCCCAGCCCUAUCGGCUUUUCGGCGCGUACAUGAACAAUGUGGCGACAUACCAAGAUGCCACCACGGCCUGGCUCUCCACUGAUGGCAUCAUGUCAUGGGUGACAACUUCGGUAUACGAGCGAUUCGCCGGUGGGGGCUACAUGAGCGGUGUGAAGCUGAUACGAGGGUACUCGGAGCCCAGCAAGGCCAAAGACAAGGACAAGGACAAGGACAAGAAAGACGACAAGUCUGCGGCCCAAAAGUUUCCCGACAUUCCUGGCUUAGAUGAGCGCCAGCAGAAGAUACUCAAGCGCAGAUCCGCACCACCCACGACCAGAGACUCUAGCGACGAUGUCCGGCGCGACAGCAAGGACCCGCAAAGUGAGGCACAGGAUCGGCAUGCGACGCUCCAGCGACAGAUUUCGUCCCUGCUUGAGAGCGACGGGAAAAGCACGGCCGAGACGGAAGAGCAAAUCCGCAAGAGAGAGGAGCAGGAGAUUCAAGACGACUACAACGUGGAAGUCGGCGAGACUCAAGGCCGUGAGAUUGAGCAUCUCGUACUGGUCACCCACGGUAUUGGCCAGCGUCUGGGCCUCCGCAUGGAGAGCGUCAACUUUGUACACGACGUCAAUGUGUUGCGAAAAACGCUCAAGUCUGUUUACUCCGGCUCGGCAGAUCUCAAGGCACUUAAUUCCGAGCUCGGUGCGGGACAUGGCAAUUGCCGGGUUCAAGUCCUGCCGGUUUGCUGGAGGCAUCUUAUUGAGUUCCCCAGGCGGCGGCAGAAGACGGGCGAGCACGAUCUCGGCGACGUUGCCGGAGAGGAGGACGACUAUCCGGCACUCGAGGACAUUACUGUCGAGGGCGUCGCGUUUGCGCGAUCACUCAUCUCCGAUCUCGCGCUGGACGUGUUGCUCUAUCAGAGCUCCUACCGCGAGGAGAUUUCCAGAAUCGUCGUGGGAGAGACGAAUCGCAUCCUGAGACUAUUCCGAGAGCGAAACCCCGAGUUCAAAGGCAAAGUGCAUCUCAUGGGCCACUCGCUGGGAUCUGCCAUCUUCUUUGAUGUGCUGUGUCGGCAGAGGGAGCAGACCGAGGAGCACCGGCACCCGCUUCGCUUCUGGCCUUCGCAGAACCGACAGGAGAGCAAGCUGAAAGACCACGAGCUGCAGUUUGACUUUAAAGUGGACGACUUUUUCUGCCUCGGGUCGCCCGUCGGCCUAUUUCAGAUGCUCAAGGGGCGGACGAUUGCUGCCCGCAACACACCUCACGCAGUUCCGUCGGAAAGCCCCCUGCAUCCCGAUGAGGGUGACGACCCCUUUCUCACCGCGCCGGCUCCCACUGCCGACGAGAUUUCCCCAGUCAGCGGCCUGCCUUACUCAAUCUCGUCCCCCAAGGUCGCUCAGCUGUUCAACAUAUUCCAUCCAUCGGACCCCAUCAGCUAUCGCCUCGAGCCCCUAAUAUCGCCUGCAAUGAAGGUGCUCAAGCCACAGGUGCUGCCGUAUACGAAGAAGGGAAUAUUCGGCAACGUCGCUCCCCAGAGCCUGACGGGCAUCGGCGCCAAGGUCGGCCAAAGCGUGAGCGGGCUAUGGUCAAGCUUCAGUGCCGGAAUCGCAAGCAACCUCAUCAACCGCAGCCUCGGGUUAACGAGCGAAGAGGUUGCCCGAAUGGCAGAAAAUCCCCAAUCUGUUGUCGGACAGGCGGCGGAUGGCAAUACUGACGAGCGAAAGCAGCAGCUGGCCGAUUCAACGGCGGCAGGCCUCGAGAACGUGACUCUUAUAGACGAAGAAAUGGAGACGCUCUUCUCUACAUUCCAGAAGAAUCGCGAGAACAUGUCCAAAGGAGACGAAACGCCCACCACGGGCGUGGACGGGCAGAAGGGGAGACGGCUACGAGCCGAGGAGACCAAGGUUCGAGCACUGAACCGCAACGGCAGAGUCGACUACAGCAUACAAGAGUAG